AUGUCGCAUUCAGACUACUUCAAUUAUAAGCCUUAUGGCGAGUCCUCAGAAAAGCCUAGCAGUUCGAAAAAGAGGCAGUCGUCAUCAUCAUCUUCUUCUAGGCUAAGGUCUGAAAGUUUGGGGCGAAAUUCCAAUACUACGCAAGCUCGAGUAGCGUCAUCGCCCAUCAGCCCAGGGCUGCAUUCUACCCAGUACUUCAGGUCGCCAAAUGCUGUUUAUAGCCCUGGAGAGUCUCCAUUAAAUACAGUACAGCUAUUUAAUCGUCUUCCAGGAAUACCUCAAGGCCAAUUUUUUCAUCAAAAUGCCAUCUCUGGGUCUUCCAGCUCAUCGGCAAGAUCGAGUAGACGACCCUCCAAUAUUGGUCUUCCUCUGCCAAAAAACCCUCAGCAGUCUUUACCCAAACUGUCUACCCAACCCGUUCCUGUACAUAAAAAAGUUGAGGCAAGUAAAACGGAAAGCGAGAUUAUCAAGAAGCCUCCCCCCAUGAAUAGUAACCAAGAUCCAUUAUUGACUACCCCCACGUUGGUGAUAUCACCAGAAUUAGCUUCGCUAAAUACAACGAAUACAUCAAUUAUGUCAACGCCACAAAACAUAUCGAACCAAACCUCGAACAAACAUAUUCCUACCAGAUCGCAACCAAAUGCGUCAGCAAGCUCCUCCACUUUGCAAGAUAUUGUCACAACAAAUAGCUCGCAACGGUCUGUAGCUCACCAUGGUGGAAGCACAACGAGCCUCCGAACAUACAAAAAGCAAUAUGUAUUGAACGAACAACUAUAUUUGAGGAAAAUGAGAAACCGUGCUAACGAUGAUUAUUACACAAGAGGUAUAGUCGCAUCAUCCAACUUUGAAGAUGACGAAGAAAAUUACAGUAACAAAGGUGAAGAUGAGUUAGAACUAGAAAUGGACGAUCUUUUAAAGGUGGAGGGUGACGAUAAAGAUAACGACUUCAAUUUUGGCUAUAAUUUUAUCACGUCAAACUCAAAAAAUAAUGAAAACGUAGUCUCGAUGAGUUUAAAUUAUUUAAAAGGCAAAUUAGAUUGGUUGAGGGAUAUGAACAAUGAUCAACCGCGCGAAAUAGAAGAUGAGGAAUGGCAUUCCAUCCUGGGAAGCGAAGAUUUGCUGUCAAAAUUGUUACAGAAUCCUAUGGUGAACAACCGUUUUGAAUGGCAAACAAUGUUAUCUAAGGUACUAAAGGGUGAUAUUGUGAGAAAUGAAAAAACAAAGAUCGCUAAUCAAGGGAAAGGCCCUGGUUUUAAUACGCAGUUUUCAGAUGACAUUUGGAUUGAGUUGAAGGCAUGGAUGAAUGGGAGGACCGUAGAAGACCAGAACAAAUCUCUAAGAAUCUUCAGAGAUUCCACUGAUUCUGUAUUUCAAGAAAUUAUGGCCUUUAAACUGGAAGAUAAUAUGAGCGCCGACGAGGCUGCGGAGACUAUCAAAUCAUUAGUGGACAAAUAUUAUAGAGUUUUAAAUUUAUGGCCUAACAUCAAAAGAAUGCACAGUGAAAAACCUAUCACCAAAACGGAAGCAUUUAGGAAUCGAAUAGAUACUUUGAAUAGUUGGCUUAAUUUCAAAUUCAACUUCGAUACUAAUAUUGCAUACUUGAAAAAAUGGAUAAUAGGCAAUAAAGACCUAGAGAGCACUACCGAGUUGGAUAACAGCAACGUGAAUCUGGAUGAUCCAGCUGUGUUCGCCACUAAUUGUAAACGUUUUGCCGAACAAAUUAUAAAGGAAAAGGAUAUUGAACUAAUAUUCCAGAAGAAAAUAUUUUUUCCGUUAGCGCCGUGGAUUUUGAAGGCCAAAUUUUUCUUCUUAAAAUACCAAAAAACGUGGAAUGAAUUGAAUUUAUCUUAUUUAGACCAAGAUCUGGAAUUUUUAUUAAUGUUUCCAAUGCGUUUAGUAAAAGAUAUAAUACUGAUUCGCCUAUCUUAUGCCAAGAAAAUACAGAAUCCAACACUGAUGAUGAUUGAUCAAAUGAUGGACGAUUUCAGCACUUAUAUCAAAUUAGCGGUCCAGAUGAAAUUCACUGUUGCUUCUUAUUGUAAUGACUGGUUUUUCAAAGUGAAAAUCGAUCCCGAAUUUGAUCAUACUGUUGUCGAGGGAUUGGAAUAUUUUUUUUCUAUUUUGGAACUAAGAAUAUUAUAUAGCGGCAAGAACUCAUUUAAGACUUCUAAAGAACCCGAUCUGCUACUAAAAUACUGGGAGAUGUUUAGAAACGUCGGCUAUUAUAUUGAUGAUGCUGGCGAACUGAUUGCCGCAGAGUUUACUAAAUUGACACUUAGGUUGGUUCACAGAUUGCAUGCUUACCUUUUAAGGCAGCAAAACACCCCGCCAAAAUUAGAGGAUGAAGCUGCUGCCGAAAAAUGGCUGGUACAAAUAUUUGAAAUACUUGGAUCCAUGAAAAGAAAACUCAAUAGAUUCACCAAUAUUUUAACAAAGGCAUUCCAAAAUUUUGUUCGAUAUAAGAUAGAAGAUCAUAACUAUGUGCUAAGGCAGCUGAAAGAAACAGGCCACUUUCUUAUAUAUACGGGGGGCUACCUAGAACAAAAUGGUACUUAUUUGAUUGGUAGCCCAGAACUACUGGGCUGUAAAGAUGAUGAUAUUUUGAGAAUCAUUAAAAAUUCAGAUAUCGGUUGUGAUUUAGUGCCUAAGCUAGAAAUUAACAACAGUCUGACAAUUUAUAAUGCUUUAGAUGAUAAUUGGAACUCGAACUCAUCACUAGGCUCAGAUAUCUCAAAUGAUGGUACCCCAUUUUAUUAUAUCAAAAAUGAUUUGACUACUCAGCCUAGAUCUUACAACGGUAAUAGGGUUAACCGUGAACCAGAUUUUGAAAAUAGCAAGAGCACAGAGGAGGAGAUUUAUGAACUAGAAACAAGGUUGAACUCUCUUGGUUACGUAUUGGUAUUAACUCCACAAGAACCAUUGCUUUGGGAAGGUGAGAUGUAUAACCUGUCCGAUAACAAAAUCAUAAAACCAGAGGAUCUGAACCUGAAAGUGAUCCCCAAUUCAAUAGAUUUAAUGUGCCAAGGAUCCAGUUAUGCUUUAGAAUACCAAUGUGAUAGAUUCCAACAAAUUGCCGGCAGCUCGGUUUCUUUUUUGGAAAAAAAAUCUUCUUCAGAAACGGUUAAAAACAACUUACAAAGGAUAAAUAAGGCAUACUUCAGAUGCACGUAUAGUGUUCUGAAAAAUUAUACGAAAAUUAUGACCACAUUCAAAAAGGUAAGCCCUGUUAAUGAUUUAUUAAAUAAUAUUUUCCUUUUUGGGAGGGAUUUUGGUCUGAACUUUUUGAGAAUCAAUAUUGCCAACAAUGAAAAAAGAUCUAUAAUCAUACUUUUAAUGAUGCGGUUAAGUAUCGGAUGGCUAAAGUUCCUAGCUGAAGAUUGUGAUCCGACAGACCAAAGGGUAUUUAGGUGGUGUGUCACCUCAAUGGAGUUCGCGAUGCAUAUGGUCAGUGGUUGGAACAUAUUAGCUCUUGAUGAAUGUCAAUUCUCUUCUUUAAAGCAAAAAAUUUCAGAAUGUAUGUCAUUACUUAUUUCUCAUUUUGAUAUAAUAGGCGCACGUUCCAUGGAAGUCGAAAAAAUUAAUCAACAGGCUAGAUCAAAUCUUGAUUUGGAAGAUGUGUUUGAUGAUGAUAUGAUGCUACAAGUGAAUUCUGAGUUCCGAGUACAAAGUAUAAUGGAAUUGGAGGAAAGAAUAAAGCGAAAUCCCCAUCAAACUGGUAAAGUAAUCGAUGAUAGUGACAAGGGUAACAAGUAUCUUGUUUCUUUGGCAUCUUCUAUAUCGAACGUUUCUAUGAGAUGGCAAAAGAGGAAUUUUAUUGGUGGUGGUACUUUUGGAAGGGUGUAUUCCGCUGUCGAUUUGGAUAAUGGUGAGAUUUUAGCAGUCAAGGAAAUUAAUAUUCAAGACAGCAAAGCAAUGCAAAAAAUUUUCCCCUUAAUCAAGGAAGAAAUGAGUGUCUUAGAGAUAUUGAACCACCCAAAUAUAGUUUCAUACUAUGGUGUUGAAGUUCAUCGUGAUAAGGUCAACAUCUUUAUGGAAUAUUGUGAAGGCGGUUCUUUAGCAGCUCUUUUGGAGCAUGGUCGUAUUGAAGACGAAAUGGUCACUCAAGUCUAUACUUUACAAUUACUAGAAGGACUUGCAUAUUUGCAUGAAUCUGGAAUUGUUCAUCGUGAUGUUAAACCCGAAAACAUCCUACUAGAUUUUAAUGGUGUUAUUAAGUAUGUUGAUUUUGGCGCUGCUAAAAAAAUUGCUAAUAAUGGAACUAGAUUGGCAAGUAUGAACAAAAUAGAAAAUACAGAUGGUGAACACGAAGACGACACCCACGUUGCUGAUUCAAAGGCAGUGAAAAAUAACGAAAAUGGUCUAUUAGAUAUGAUGGGAACACCUAUGUACAUGGCUCCAGAAUCCAUCACUGGAUCUACCACCAAGGGCAAACUUGGAGCAGAUGACGUUUGGUCAUUAGGCUGCGUUGUAUUAGAAAUGAUCACUGGUAGACGACCAUGGGCUAACUUAGACAAUGAAUGGGCUAUCAUGUAUCAUGUUGCUGCUGGACAUACCCCACAGUUUCCUACUAAGGAUGAAGUAUCGUCCGCUGGUAUGAAAUUUUUGGAAAGAUGUCUUAUUCAAAAUCCCUCCAAGAGAGCCAGUGCAGUUGAGCUGUUGAUGGACCCUUGGAUUGUACAAAUUAGAGAAAUAGCCUUUGGCGACGAUUCUUCCUCUACAGAUACUGAAGAAAGAGAGUGA